AUGGACUCCACAUUCGGAAAAGUCUUCAUGUUUCUCACGGACCUCGCUUGGAAAAGUCGUCUCACCAUCCCCAUCAUGGUCACAACUGCAUUUCUCGUCAUGGACAUCCGCCUGCAGAUCGAGAUCAACAUUCAGUCCGGGCAAUUUAACGCCAGCGAUCUGGAUGAUGUUCAGGAAGGGCUCGACGAUCAGUUUGGGCUGCACGAUCACGGGUCCGACGACGAGACCGGCAGUGACAGCUAUACAGAUGAGGAGUACACAAACGACGAUGGGAACAGCGAAGCAUCCCACUACAGCGUGGACAUUUACGAUCCCUGGGGGUCAGACGACGAGAUUGACGCCAACUAUUCGCGAGAGAUGCGGUUCUAAAACACAAUAUAAAUUCUAGGUGUAAGCGAAAGUAACUAGCUUUAUUUUAUGUACAUUCGGUAUUGUCGAGCCCCUAUUUAUUCAUCUCAUACAGUCAUAAUUAAACAAAAGUAGUUAAGUGCAA